AUGGAAAAGCGACUCGCGAGUUUUCGAACUCUGAAAGUUGACCGUUUGGCCUUUUCCGAUGGUUCUCCGGCCGGGGCGCCAAAGCUCUCUUUCGUGUAUGAGGUUUGUUUGAACCGCCCGCAACAACGGAAUGCUUUUGACCACGAAUUCUGGACCGAACUGCGUGAAUGCUUUGACUUGUUAGACCGCCUGUCUUCGUGCCGAUGUGUGAUCAUCACCGCGGCUGGGUCGGUCUUCACUGCGGGCAUCGACCUUGCAUUUGCUGGACAGAUCAUUUCUUCACCUGUUCUUCCGCGCCGCACAAGCGCGUCGCCUGUGGAGAAUCCCGAGCAACCCAGCAAGGCGCGACUUGCCGUCGACAGCCCGAUCUCUGGAGAAGAUCCUGACGCGACGGAUCCUGACUGCGCGAGAAAGGCGGCGCAUCUGCGGCGCUACGUCACGGCCUUGCAAGACUGUUUUUCGGCUGUCGAGGAAUGCAGCAAACCUGUGAUUGCGUGUGUAGGCGGACCGUGCGUGGGCGCGGGCGUGGAUCUGGUCUGUUCCUGCGACAUUCGCGUUGCCAGUGAAGAAGCCUGGUUUUCUGUGAAAGAGGUGGACCUCGGCCUCGCUGCAGACGUGGGUACGCUCCAGCGCCUCCCUCGAAUUGUCGGAAACGACGCGUGGGCGAGAGAAAUUUGCUUCACCGGUCGACGGGUUGGCGCGGAAGAGGCUCGCCGGGAGGGGCUGUUGAGCGCGCUUUUUGAAAGCAGGGAGGAAAUGCGGCAGAAAGCAAUUGCCCUUGCUCGGGAGAUCGCCGGCAAAAGCCCAGUAGCCGUCGCAGGAAUCAAGUUCGCGCUAAACUUCUCCACCAGACGCACGGUGCGUGAAGAGUUACGCGUCCAGGCGAUUUGGAACGGCGCCAUGCUACAGACGCACGACAUUCCCACGGCCAUGGCUCAGGCGGCUCUAGGCAGAGGAGCGCAAAGAGAGGCGCCUGCGAAUGGGGAAGUGUUUGCGUGCCUUUGA